UAACAACAAAAAUAUUAUUCUCUGUCAAUUUCUGCAAAUUUUACCUAAAAAUGUCGAAAAUAUUAAAAAUUUCAUUAAUUUUUGUCGUUUUUAGCCAAAUAAAAUGCGAAUCUCCGGUCUUACCGAUCGUUUUGUGGCACGGAAUGGGAGAUACUUGCUGUUUUCCCUUCAGUUUAGGCCAUUUUAAGAAGACUUUGGAAGCGGAAAUCCCGAAUGUGUAUGUUCGUUCAAUCGAAAUCGGCGGAAAUAUCUUCAAGGAUUUCGAGUCUGGCUAUUUUAUUCAUCCCAUGCAUCAACUUGAUCAAGUUUGUGAGUCACUGACUAAGGAUCCGAAACUCAAAAAUGGCUUUCAUGCCGUCGGAUUCUCCCAAGGAGGACUUUUUCUACGAACUUUGCAACAAAAUUGCCCGGGUCCUCUACCAAUGCGCAAUUUAAUUUCCUUCGGCGGACCUCAACAAGGCGUCUUUGGACUUCCAGCAUGUCCUUCUCUCACGUCAAAAACUUGCGAAUACCUCCGAGAAUCGUUAAAUUUCGCCGCUUACACGUCUUACAUGCAAGAUUAUUUGGUUCAAGCAACGUACUGGCAUGACCCGUUGCACGAAGAAAAAUAUCGGAAUUUUAGUUCGUUUCUCGCGUACUUCAAUGGCGAAACUUCAGUGACGUUCACAGAAGCGAUUUAUAAUUUACAGCAGUUGCAAAAAUUGGUGCUAGUUAAGUUUUUGAACGAUACAAUUGUGGUGCCGCGCGAAUCAGAAUGGUUCGGAUUUUAUCGUCCGGGACAAGAUAAGGAAGUAGUUGGGAUGGAGGAGACCCGUGUGUUCAAAGAAGAUUUAAUGGGAUUGAAAAAAAUGAAGGAAAAUGGGCAACUUGUGAUGUUGGCAACGGAAGGAGAUCAUUUGCAGUUCACCAAAGAGUGGUUUAUGGAAAAUAUUUUGCCAUAUUUGAAGUAAAAGAAGAUUGAAAAAAAAACAAAUCAAAGAUAAAAUAUAAAUUUUAUGAUAAAAAAAAUAAUCAAUAAAAAA